CCUGCGCACUGGCGUCCAUUGGCAUGGCGGCAGCAUGGCGUUGGAGUCUAUCCGUUAUGAGCCUGGCUCCCUGCAGGUGCUCGACCAGCUGCUGCUGCCCCAGCAGAGCCGCUACGAGGUGGUGGGCUCGGUGCAGCAGGCCUGGGAGGUCAUCCGCGCCAUGAAGGUGCGAGGCGCCCCCGCCAUCGCGCUUGUCGGCUGCCUCAGCCUCGCGGUGGAGCUGCGAGCCGGCGCAGGGGGCCCGGGCCCCGCCGAGCUCGCCGCCUUCGUGCGCGAGCGACUGGGCCACCUGGUGACCGCACGGCCCACCGCCGUCAACAUGGCCCGUGCCGCGCGCGACCUGGGGGACGCCGCGACCCGGGAGGCGGCGCGCGACGGCGCCACGGAGGAGGCUGUGCGGGAGAGGGUGAUCUGCUACGCUGAGGACAUGCUGAAGAAGGACCUCAGGGACAACCGCAGCAUCGGGGACCUGGGAGCCCACCACCUCCUGGACCGGGCCGCCCCCCAGGGGGGCAAGGUGACUGUGCUGACCCACUGUAACACUGGCGCACUGGCCACCGCCGGCUACGGCACAGCCCUGGGUGUUAUCCGCUCCCUGCACCAGCUGGGCCGCCUGGAGCGCGCCUUCUGCACGGAGACCCGGCCCUACAACCAGGGCGCGCGGCUGACGGCCUUUGAGCUAGUGUAUGAGGGCAUCCCCGCCACCCUCAUCACCGACAGCAUGGCAGCUGCUGCUAUGGCCCACCAGGGUGUGUCAGCCGUCGUUGUGGGAGCUGACCGCGUGGUUGCCAAUGGAGACACAGCCAACAAAGUCGGCACCUACCAGCUGGCUAUCGCCGCUAAGCACCACGGCAUCCCCUUCUACGUGGCUGCUCCCAGUUCCUCCUGUGACCUCUGCCUGGAAACUGGCCAGGACAUCAUCAUCGAGGAGCGGCCGGGCCACGAGCUCACCGAUGUGAAUGGGGUCAGGAUUGCAGCACCCGGUAUUGGGGUGUGGAAUCCCGCUUUUGACGUCACCCCACACGACCUCAUCACUGGUGGCAUCAUCACAGAGCUGGGUGUCUUCACCCCCGAGGAACUCCGAGCAGCCCUGAGCACUAGCCCGUUAGGGGCAGGCACCUAGGCGGAAUCCAAAAGGAACCAAGCCAGUCUCCCCCACCCCGACCCUCAAUUUCCACCAUGAAGUAGCCUAGCCAGUGUAAUCCCAGCACUCGGGAGGCUGAGGCAGGAGGAUCAUUUCGAGUUCAAGACCAGGGGCUACAGAGUGAGCUCAAGGCCAACCUGAACUACAUACAGACCCUGUCUCAAAAAAGACAAAAAAAUAGUGUUGCCAAAAGCUGACCUUCCUCUGGCAGCCAGGCUUCACCCUGGAGCAGAAGGAGCAGGCAGGGUCCUUCAUGGCUCGUAGGGGCCAGCAGUCCAAGUGUGGCAGUAUGUGCCUGUUGUUGCAACCUCAGGAGGCUGAAGCAGGAGGAUUACUGUGAGUUCAGGGUUAGCUUGAGCCACAUAGCAAGACCCUGUGUCAAGCACACACCCUAAGGAGCCCAGUACCAGUGACUGAGCUACCCAGGUUCAACUCUCAGCUCUGUUUCUCCUGUGUGCCCUUGGCAAGUCCCUUCAUCUCUUUGUGCCUUAGUUUCCUGCAGAUAAAACAGAGAUAAAGCCAGGUGUGGCAGCACACCCCUGGACUCAGGAAGUUGAGGCAAGAGGGUCACUGUUCGAGCCAGCAUGGUCCACCUAGUUAGACCUUGUCUCAAAAAGAAAAAUAAACCUGGGUGUGGUGGCACACCCCUAUAAUCCCAGCACUCGGGAGGCUGAGGCAGGAGGAUCCCUGCGAGUUCCAGGCCAGCCUGGGCUACAGGUGAAUUCAAGACCAGGUUGUACUGCAUCUCAAGACCCUGCCUCAACGGAAGACCAAAACUAAAAAUAAACUAUUGUUUAAUGUCG